CAGUGAAGAGGUGUAAAAGCGAAACAGUCGGAGGAAGGCGAUAGCAAGAGCUGGCCGGAAUUGAAAUGGUUUAAUUCAGUGACACGUGAUUAGGAUUUACAUUUAACCCACAGCAGCAGCGGAGGAGGAGGAGGAGCAGACGACAAUGUGAAAUUUCCUGAACGCAAGCGCACAUCAGCUGUAGCGGAGAUGUGAGGAGUGUUGGCGGGGAAGGUCUGGAAGGUGUGUCGGUCACUGCUGUCUCCCCCCUUCUGUCACCUCCCCCUCAGUGAGUGUGAGAAAGACGGAGGGCUGAGAGAGAGAGAGAAGUUUGGUCUCCGCUCUUGGCGCACGUUCGCCGAUCGUUCACUCCACACGAUGGCACGUCGGUGUCAGCGCUGCCGCUUCUCGGAGCUCCGCUGCUUUCAUGACAACUGACAGAUCCAAACAACAACAACAAAAAAAGAAAGUGUCACCAUGGCUGAAUUUGGAGAGAACAAGAGCGCCGUAGGUCCACCGGUUGCUGGCUGGAAAGCUGCGUCAGGAGGAGCAGGGAUGAGCCUGGAGACGCACCGAGGAGAGCAUGUCUCCAACGGAAACUGCAGCUUGCCAGACGCCGUCAAGAGGCUCCAGAACGAGUCCAGCUGCGAGUCUCCAACGUGGGAGAGCACAGGUUCAGACGCCAAAACGAUCCCCCGACGCAGCAGUCUGAUCAAGGACGGAUCACGUGCUGGUCGGGAGAGGAAGAAGACGGUGUCCUUCAGCAGCAGUCUGUCAGAGAAGAAGAUCAGCAGUGCUGCCGACUGUAUCCACUCCAUGGUUGAGGGGAGUGAGCUGAAGAAGAUCCGACCCAACUCCCGUGUUUACCAGCGUUACUAUCUUCUGGAUGCAGGUCUGCAGGCUCUCUGCUGGGAGCCAUCCAAGAAGGAGUCAGACAAAGCUCGCAUCUCUCUCGCCUCUAUACGUGAGGUACGGACAGGUCGUAACACAGAAACCUUCCGCACCAGUGGAGUUUAUGAACAAAUAUCAGAGGACUGUGCAUUCUCCAUCAUCUAUGGAGACAUAUAUGAGAGCCUGGACCUGGUGGCGAACUCUGCUGAAGUGGCCAACAUUUGGGUUACUGGCCUGAGGUAUCUGAUGCAGUAUGGGAAACAUGCCCUUGACAUGCUCGCCAGCAGUCAGGACAGCCUUCGUCUUGGCUGGCUGGAGCAGUUGUUUUCCUCUGCUGCUGAUUCCGACAGACAGGACGACAUCAAGGAAGGGAUUCGCUUGCAGUCAGCUAUAAAGUUGAUACAAAGUGUGAACCCAGGGGUGAGCAGUGGCAAAGUGGAGCACAGGUUUAAAGAGCUUCAAAGAGUCAGGGAGAGGAUGUGUGGGCUCACAAUAGAUAACGGAUCUGGAUUUAAAGACCACAGUGAAAACAAAAAGCUCACAGGAAGAAACAACAGAGUCACCAAGCAGGAGUUCAUCGAGGCCUUUCACGACUUUUGCACACGUCCAGAGAUCUACUUUCUGUUGGUGCAGUUCUCGAGCAACAAGGAGUUCCUGGACACCAAAGACCUGAUGAGGUUCAUCGAGGCUGAGCAGGGCAUGACUCAAGUGAGUGAGGAAACCAGCAUGAAACUCAUCCAGUCCCACGAGCCGUCAGUGGAAGGUCAGCAGCAAGGAUUCAUGUCCUUGGACGGCUUCACCAGCUACCUCACUUCAGCAGAGUGCCACCUCUUUGACCGGGAGCACGACAUUGUGUGCCAGGACAUGUCCCAGCCUUUGUCCCACUACUUCAUCAACUCCUCUCACAACACCUACCUCAUUGAGGACCAGUUUCGAGGUCCCUCCGAUAUUUCUGGCUACAUCCGUGCCCUUAAAAUGGGCUGCCGAUGUGUGGAGGUGGACGUCUGGGAUGGUCCUGAUGAGGAGCCGGUAGUGUGUACUGGGCACACCCUUUCCCCACCACUGUCCCUACGUUGUGUAUUAGAGGCAAUUGGAAGAUACGCAUUUGUUGCAUCUGACUAUCCGUUAAUUCUGUGCAUUGAGAACCACUGUUCACUCCCACAGCAGAAAGUGCUGUUGCAGCAUCUAGUGAGGAUAUUUGGGGAGAGGCUGUACACAGAUCUCCCACAUGAUGGGGCCCCGUACCUGCCAUCGCCGCAUGCUCUAAGGCAUCGCAUCCUGCUAAAGGGUAAAAAACUGGGUUCAGGUUCUAAUGGGGAGGACGGGGAUGUAAGUGAAGAGGAUGAAGGAGCAGAAAUGUGCCAAAGGAUGAAAGCAGCCAACAGUGGAGGGGCAGUUCCUGGAACAAAUGAGAAGGACAUGGUACAGAAAAGUUUCGCCUACACAAUCGUCUCUCAGUCUAUUCCCCUUCAUCCUCCUCCCAAACGUUUCAUGCUGUUAAAAGAGCUCUCUGGCUUAGUAACUCUUUGCUGCUCUGUUCGCUUCAUUGAUUUUCCAACAUCAUCCAAAAGCCAAAAACCCUGGGAACUCUGUUCUUUUCAUGAGUCUCUGGCUGUGCGUCUCGCUUGUGAGAACCCCGGUGACUUUGUCAACCACAACAAGCAUUUCCUAUCACGAGUGUAUCCCAACCCUAUGCGUAUUGACUCGAGCAACAUGAACCCCCAGGACCUUUGGAAGUGCGGUUGCCAGAUUGUAUCAAUGAAUUUUCAGACAGCUGGACUGAUGAUGGACCUGAACACGGCCUGGUUCAGACAGAACGGGAGCUGUGGUUACGUUCUGCGGCCGGCCAUCAUGCGGCAGGAGGUGUCUUAUUUCAGUGCCGACACCAGAGACACGGUGCCUGGUGUCUCCCCACAGCUGCUCCAUGUGAAGGUGAUUAGCGGCCAGAAUCUGCCCAAGCCACGAGGUUCUGGAGCCAAAGGGGAUGUGGUGGAUCCAUAUGUGUAUGUGGAGAUUCACGGCAUCCCAGCUGACUGCACAGAGCGCCGCACGAGAACUGUGACCCACAAUGGGGACAACCCCAUCUUUGAUGAGAGCUUUGAGUUCCAGAUUAACUUGCCGGAGCUCGCCAUGGUUCGCUUUGUGGUGCUGGAUGACGACUACAUAGGAGAUGAAUUCAUAGGUCAGUACACCAUACCUCUGGAGUGCCUCCAGCCAGGCUACAGACAUGUUCCCCUCCAGUCUUUGACGGGGGAGGAGCUUCCUCACGCCAAGCUGUUCGUCCAUGUGGCGCUCACCAAUCGUAGAGGAGGAGGAAAGCCUCAUAAAAGAGGUCUGUCAGUGCGGAAGGCCCGAAAGGGGCGGGACUACACGGCUCUGAGGGAUUUAGGAGUUCGGGUUGUGGAUGAGGUUUUCAAGAUGGCUUCACCUCUGCUGAGAGAAGCCACAGACCUGAGAGGAAACAUGCAGAACUCAGUAGCAGUGUUCAGGGAGCUGUGUGGGGUGUCGGCUGUGGCUAACCUCAUGCAGUGUGUUCUGGCUCUGAGCUCCAGAGUAUCAGGACCGGAAGGCUCGCCUUUACUGCUGUUUGACCUCCGAGACCACUACCCCACUCUGGAGCCACAGGGGCCCCUGCCCGAUGUCCUUCGCCGAGUCGUCUCUACCUAUGAAAUGAUGGUCCAGACGAGCAGAGCUGUGAUAGAACUCUCUGAUGGGCUCCAUGACAAGAUCCUCCACAUACAGUCAACGGCCAUGGAGUUUCAUGAAAAACUGCAAAGCCUGGCAACGAAGGAGGGGCUGAAAGGUUGCAAGGUCAGCCGAGCGCUGGAGAGUUUCAGCUGGAACAUCACCAUCCUUAAGGGCCAGGCCGACCUGCUGAAACACGCCAAGGCAGAAGUCCAGGAGAACAUGAAGCAGGUACACGAUGCUGCGCUGACUGGAAACCUCUCCAAGGAGGGUGUAGGAUUGAGAAGAGUCCGCUCCCAAACACGACGAGGCCCGGAUGACAAACCCACCGUGAGUGCUAGAGGUCCCUCUGCGUAACGAGAACACGACCUAGCAAAUGGGAGAGGACACAGGAGAUGAUGAAUGUAAAAGUCAAUGCAGCCACCUGUCGCUGAACACUGUAGAGCUGCAGAAGUCAAUGCACUGCUGGGAGGAGAUGUAAGAAAUGUGAUGUCAGGAAGAUGAAUGUAGUCAGAUUUGAAGCCAAGGUUCAGCUGUUUGUACUGUAUUAAACUGUAAAUACACCAAAAUGUUCAUUUCCUAUGUGCAAUGUUUUGAGGUGUGUCAUGAAGAGGAAGGAAAAACUGCAAUUUUUCAAGCUAAAUCUCAGCCAAAACCUUUUGGACGAUUGCCAUCUUAACAUGCUGGUGGCUUUUACUUCACAACAAUUGCUAAAUUAGAGUGGGUUCCAGGACUUUUUGUCUCCGAAUUAAAAGAAACACACCUUGUCAAUCAAUCUAUGGAUGUUUAAGGUCUUCUACCAUUAUUUCGUGGACCAGUGCAGCCUCUAUGUCUCUCGCCGGCUUAUUUCUAUUAAGCAUCUUCUGGUCCCGGAUUGCUGCUCUGCAUCCAGUCAACGUGAGGUCCUUUGUCUUGCUACAAAAUCCUCCACUUCACCCUUUAAAUAUUGUCUUACAAACAGUAUUCUAUAUUUUUGUAUUUUCCUGAAACCCCUGUGCUAAUUCAGCCACUCUAACCUGCCAUAGAAAUCAACUCCACAAGUGUAAACGUCUGCCUCUAGGGAACUUACACUGUUACGUUGAAAGUGCUUACUCCGUGUGCAAAACACUGUACAGUAUUUUAAUAUAUAAUUCUAUCCUUUUGCUGUAAGGAGUAUUUUACAUAAGUUAUUGAUGCUGAGUGAAAACAUUCCAGGUACAUAAUACUGGUGCAGUAGAUGAUGCUUGAGCAGCUGUGUAGAAGGUUCCUCAACAGUCAGGAUGGAAAUAAACUAGUUUUUAAAUGAC